AUGUUUAGGAAAGCUGCUGUGACCACUGUCUCUAAUGGAAGCUACUUGCAGGGGCAAGCUAAUGGCAGGUUGCCCUCUAUGGACAGCGGACAGCCAGCCCAGGAGGGAAAAGUUGUGCUGAAGAAGAAAGUGACGCUUUUGAGGGGGAUAUCCAUCAUAAUUGGCACUAUCAUUGGGGCUGGCAUCUUCAUCUCUCCCAAAGGCAUCCUGAAGAACACGGGCAGCGUGGGCAUGUCCUUGACUGUCUGGACAGCGUGCGGUGUCCUCUCGCUCUUCGGUGCACUCUGCUAUGCUGAGCUAGGAACAUGCAUUAGGAAAUCUGGUGGUCACUACACCUAUAUCCUGGAGGCCUUUGGCCCAUUACCUGCUUUUGUGAGAGUCUGGGUUGAAUUACUCGUCAUUCGCCCUGCUGCCACAGCAGUGAUAUCGUUGGCAUUUGGACGUUACAUUUUGGAGCCUUUCUUUAUGAACUGUGAAAUCCCAGAACUUGCAGUUAAACUUAUUACAGCUGUUGGCAUAACUCUGGUGAUGGUCCUGAACAGCACGAGUGUCAGCUGGAGUGCCCGCAUUCAGAUUUUCCUUACCUUUUGCAAGCUUGUAGCAAUUCUGAUAAUUAUAGUCCCUGGAGUUAUCCAGCUAAUUAAAGGAGAAACACAGCACUUUAAAAAUGCCUUUGCGGGGAAUGAUGCCAGUGUUCUGGGGUUACCACUUGCUUUCUAUUCAGGGAUGUAUGCCUAUUCAGGCUGGUUUUACCUCAAUUUUGUUACUGAAGAAGUGGAAAACCCUGAAAAAAACAUACCCCUCGCAAUAUGCAUUUCAAUGAUUAUCGUCACAGUUGGCUAUGUGUUAACAAACGUGGCUUAUUUCACUACAAUCAGUGCUGGGGAAUUGCUGCUUUCAAAAGCUGUAGCAGUGACCUUUGCGGAACGACUAAUGGGAAACUUUUCUUUAGCUGUACCAGUACUUGUUGCUCUCUCCUGCUUUGGGUCUAUGAAUGGCGGCGUUUUUGCAGUCUCCAGGAUGUUCUUCGUUGCAUCCCGCGAGGGUCACCUUCCGGAAAUUCUCUCCAUGAUUCAUGUCCGCAAGCACACUCCUCUGCCAGCUGUCAUUGUUUUGCAUCCUCUCACAAUGAUAAUGUUAUUCAACGGGGAUCUCUACAGCCUUCUGAAUUUCCUCAGUUUUGCCAGGUGGCUUUUUAUUGGACUAGUAGUUGCUGGGUUGAUUUAUCUCCGAUAUAAACGUCCUGAUAUGCCUCGUCCUUUCAAGGUGCCUCUAUUUAUUCCAGCGUUGUUUUCCUUCACCUGCCUCUUCAUGGUUGCACUGUCACUUUACUCUGAUCCAGUGAAUACAGGGAUUGGAUUUGCAAUAACCCUGACUGGAGUUCCUGCCUACUACCUCUUUAUUGUAUGGGACAAGAAGCCAAAGUGGUUCAGAAAGCUCCUGUACAGGGUAACUGUAACAUUGCAAAUCCUCUUGGAAGUCGUCCCAUCAGAGGAAGACCAGAAAUCAUGA